GGCUGUCCACUUGUGUCGUUCGCCAUCGCCAGGCUGAGGUGAAGCUUCUGGAGCUCGUGCCAAACCGUCCCCUCUGGCAUGCAUUAUCUUGUCAGUGAGGCCUGCUUGUCUCAAUGCUUGGCUCAUGGCAAUGAAAAUCGACAGGGUGUUUUUGUCGGCUAAGGGAUGGGAGUUGGAGAGUAUAGUGUCGCUCUAUCCUCGUCCACAUGCUGUGGAGUUUAACCAGCUUGUGGUACGAGAGAGUAGUUCUACGAGUGGAACAGAGUGCGAAGCUUGUGGGAGAGGUUUAGGUACGGCAUGACUUGCUUCGAUUUUUAUGUCAGAAGCUGAUUCAGUCAUCGGCAGGUUGAGUUUCUUGCAACGUUGUUGCACUUGUUGCUGAAGAGUUGUGUGACGUUGAGAGAGAGAGAGAGAGAGAGAGAGAGAGAGAGAGAUUCAGGGAAGUGGCAGCAAUGGCGGGCUGGACUGCAGCACUGCUUGGGGCGGCGGCAGCUGGAGUAUAUAUGGUUCUGUUUCUAGGGACAACAGUUCAUGCGGAGCUGCAAUACGGGUAUUAUGAUAGCUUGGGAUGCGCCGGGGUGGAAGAUAGAGUGCGAACUUUAGUGCAGCGCAGCUUUGUCGCUGAUGCUACAGCUAGUGCUGCCAUGUUGCGCCUUGCCUUCCACGACUGCCAAGUUGGACCGGGAGGAUGCGAUGCCUCCAUCAUGAUCGAUGAGGAUGCGGGAGAGAUGGCCUCCGGAAACAAUUUUGGCAUUAAGCGCCUCGAUAUCAUCAACUCAGUGAAAGCCGACAUGGAGGACAAUUGCCCAAAUACAGUUUCUUGCGCAGACAUAAUUGCUAUGGCAGGACGGGACGCUGUAGCCUUCAAUGGUGGCCCUGACAUACAAAUCCCUCUCGGCAGGAAGGAUGCCGAUUCCUCCAACGCUGGCGAAGCAGAUUCCAAACUCCCUCCUGCAACCUCUAGCAUCGAUAGAGUGUUCAACGUCUUUGGCCCUUUUGGCAUGACUCCAGAGGAAAUCGUGGCCAUUCUAGGUGCGCACAGCAUUGGAGUAGGCCACUGCAAAAAUAUUCAAGACCGUCUGCAAUCCAACAGUCCGACUGCGCCAAACAGCCUCGUGUUCCGCACUCAGCUCAUGGCGGCUUGCGCAGUGAAUGUCUUCGACAUCGCCGUUGUAAACAACGACGCCACUCAGUUCACCUUCGACAACCAGUACUUUCAAGAUAUUCAAAACGGGCGCGGUCUCUUCACCGUAGAUCACCUGCUCAGCACAGAUCCACGCACCGCGCCCAUCGUUAACACCUACGCCUCCAACGAAGGUGCCUUCUUUGCGUCGUUUGCGUCGGCUUAUGUGAAACUUACGUCGCGAGCAGUGACAGGGAAUCGAGGCAGCGUCAGAAGCACAUGCCAGCUUUAGGCGCUCUCCAAGCUUCAAGCGUCGUCUUUUAGUUUGGAUGUUAUAUUAUUGUUUCUUACGCUUCAAAUGUAAUCUUUGAAGAAUCGAUUAUGCGCGAUCUGGAAAAGUCGUCUUAGAUUAGAUAAGUAUUCCCAAAUCUCCUUUCAAAGUCUUACAGCAUGGAGCUUCAACUCAUCGACGAGGGAAAUUCUUGACGUGCUUGUGGCUGUGCCGAAACACGGAGGAAGCUUAAGCUGUGCGUGUGGGUCGAGUUCCGCUGCAUUGAUAACAUAUUCGUGGGAAACUUAUUAAAUAGUCUAGCCAUUUGUAGAAAUGUUGUGAUUCUGAAGUGGGAUUCAUCUCUUGAGAAUGAUGAUUGCGCUUGUAUUUUUCGGGCAAUUAUUCCCGUCUGCUAUCCUGAGGCAACUGCUUUUAGAUGCGACAGGAAUAUGGCAGUGCUCCCAUCAUUUUACUGAGUCUUUUGAAAUUCCGAUA